CAAGAGAGCAGGGAGUCACUCUCGCUGCUGACAUUCCCAGCAAGCAUUGCAGGGGAGAAACCUGUGUGAGAUAUACGAGAGAGAGCGAGAGUGUGUUUGUGUGUGUGUGUGUGUGUGUGUGUGUAGCUACCAGAAGAAUCUCUAACGGUGUAACACACACACAUUGUUUUGAGCUCUGGGCUUCGGUGCAGCUGCAGGACAGAACGCUGCCUUCAGGGUCGCGGUGGAAACUAAGUGAACAGAGGAGAGAGUUGUUCUCAGCGGGCUGAGUGUGUGUGAUAGUGAUCCGUUGUCUUUCUACCAGGAGACGAAGAGGAGGAGGAGAAGAAGAAGAAAUCAGACGGAGUAGAAGAUAAAGAGGCCGACAUGUCCAACGCUCUGCUGAGGAGAAACUCCAGCAAACAGGGUUUACAAACCCUGAUAAGGCUGACGGCUCAGAGGAGCGUGGAGGACGCGGAGGAGGUGGAGCGGGAGCAGCGUCGGAGAGCUCGGGAGGCGUCCCGCUGGUCCGACGGAGGCUCACCCCCGACCCAGUCUUCACUGGAGAACGAGACGCCGGCGGAGGACGGCUCGUACGACGGCGGCCUGAAGCCCGGCGGCUCCCCGUCCCUGGAGGAGGACGAGGGCUUCAGCGACUGGACCCAGCGCCGCGAGAGGCGGAGGCAGCAGCGCCUGCAGGAGCUCGGCCUCGGGUGGGAGGCGGACCACCGAGAGGACGAGGACGUGGACAAGGCCGUCCCCCCGAAGAGCGUCCCGGGGUGGGCCCCGGGCUCCAGCCGGCUCCGGAGACAGCACCACGAAGACGGAGGAGACGGAGUCGCGGUGGAGAUGGAGAGGGAGAGGAGGAAGGCCCGGGAGGAGGAAGAAGAGGAGGAGGAGGAGGCGGCGGCAAGGGAGAGGGGGGAGGAGGAAGACAGGAGGAAGAGACAGGAAGUGAUGACCAGGAGGAGGGAGACAGAGAGGGUGGAGGAGGAAGACGGGAGGAAGAGACAGGAAGUGAUGACCAGGAGGAGGGGGGAGAUUCAAAUGCCGAAUACAGAGAUGGACAAGCGAGAAGACGUUAAAAUGUCCUACACGUCCAAGGUGUUCCUUCACCAAGAGCCGACACUCGGGAUCGCCAACGGCGACGCAGCCAAAGAGGAAGUGAUGUCACACCAGAACAAGACGACAAAAAGGCCCGCCAGUAGGGGCGUGGAGCCGGAGGAGUCGCAGGCCAUCCUGGAGACGGAGCGGCGUCUGGAGAAGAUCCGUCUGGGCCUCCAGCAGAAGGAGAGCCAGGAGCUGGAGCAGCUGAGACACCGCCAGGCCGAGGCGGAGCAGGAGCUGGAGCAGCUGAAGAAGAGGAGGGAGGAGAGGCGUCGGGUCCGGGAGGAAGAGGAGCGCCGCCGGGAGGAGGAGGAGCAGCAACGGCUGGCCAGAGAGGAGGAGGAGAGGAGGCGGAUGAAGGAGGACAUCGACCGGAGGAGGACGGAGGCAGCAGAGAGGAUGAAGAGCCUGAGUACGUCCAGCGGGGACGGGGACGAGGCCUUCUGUCCCUUCAGUCCCAAGGCUCCCACUCACAAGAUCACAGAGAGAACUGAGUCGCUGAACCGCUCGCUGAAGAAAAGUAACAGCUUUAAGAGGACGCAGCCUCUCGUCAUGCUGCCCAAGAUCGACGACAAGCUGGAGCAGUACGCCCACGCUGUGGAGGACGCCGAGGGGCUGAAGGUGGUCGUGGCCGAGCGGAUCACCCAGUGGGUGAGAGGCCCGUCGGACGGCAGCAGACCGCCGCUCUGCAAACCCACGGACGUGCGGCCCGGAGAUGUGAUGCAGAAAAAGAACAUGUGGGAGGUCAUUGGAGACUCGCUGGGGCAGCCUGGGACACAAAGAGUCAAGGGUUCAGCAGCUGGGAAAAAGUACAAAUUCGUGGUCACUGGUCACGGAAAAUACGAGAAGGUCCCCGUGGACGACGAGAACGGAGGAGAGUUCACCAACGGGGAGUCUGAUUUAUAUCUCAAUCGUUACUGAGGCGUUGUCUCUUCGGUUGGUUUUUACUUUGACGCCCGCUGGCUUCAAAGACAUUUUAACAGGAGCAGCCAUUACGGACUCAACACUUCAUAUAUUUAAUAAAUCACUUCUUCUUCCUCUCUCAGUUGGACAUCUCCAAACCAAACAGCCCAAAAUCAAAAGCUCUGAUCAUCAAAUGUCUCUAUAUGUUCAAUUUCUUCUUUGCUUUUGUAUUUUCUGACAUUGUUUAAUGUAUAUAUCUGACUGAGCUUUAAUGUUUCUGUAUUCUUCACGGUGUUUUGGGGAACCGUUCCUAAUAUCUGGUUCAUCUUUAUAUUAUGUUUCGUAGGACAGUUUAAAAGUCUUUUGAGUAGAAAAUGUUAUCACGUCACGUAUCGCACUGUAUGUCGGUGACUCACACGUUAAGGUGUAUGUUCUUCACUGUUGGCUAGAGAUUGGAAACCGUUUGAGAGACGUGCUUUGUCAAAAACUGAAAGAUUAGUAUGUCUUGGCUCACUUUUGAACCCAAUAUAAAUGGCAUUUAUUUGGUUUCUGUAUACCUAUGUCCUGUGUAUGUUCUAUACUGCUGUCUCUGUACUACAGACAUUUUAAACUUUUAUCAUGUACUUGGAUUU